UCACAGCAGAAAAAUAUCCAAGGAAAUGGACACGAUUGUUCUUCUGUUGACUUUUUCUCUGUCCAGAUUCUUGAGAGCAGCCUGCAGCAUACUUCUCUUCACCCUCAAUCCAUCACAGUAUUCUCUCUCCGGCAAGCAACGUAUCAUUUCCUAAAUCUCCAGUCAUGAGAUAAGAAUCAUAGAAUGCACAGCACACUUCAAAUUCGACCCCUGAACUGAAGACGGGUUUUUCCACAGGAGACUGGACGCAAAGCACAUGUUACCUUUGCCCAUGAAUAAGCUUGGCAUGUGAAACUGGGGUUUUGAUGAGUUCUCAUUGGGCUUUGCUUAUUUCCUUCGGUUAAAAGAAGCAAAAGCUAGGCAUUUCCACUCUUUUGAUCUGAAACAUGCGCUGAUUGUGUUGGUGAAGCAGAAAGCCUAUGGAAGGAUUAAGGAAGGAGGGUCUGUUCGACUUCAAGAAUCCGCUGGUUCUGCCGGAGAAUCCCACGAGGGAUGAGUCGGUUCAUAUCGAUCCGGUGUCGGAUUGUAGCAUCUACAGAGUCCCGAAGUCGAUACGCGAUGGGUACGAAAAGGCAUUCGGCCCUCGAUUCGUUUCGCUCGGGCCAUUUCACCAUCACAUCAAGGAUCUGCAAGCAUCGGGGCACAAGCAAAGUUACUACGAUGACUUCGUGAGAGAGAGCAAGCUGAGCGUGCAAUACCUGUCCGAGUUUGUCAAGGGAAGGGAAGAAGCCAUUCGCAAGUGCUAUGCAGAGACAAUCGUGCUAAACAGCGACGAUCUUGCAAUGUGUAUUCUACAGGACGCCGUUUUCGUCAUUGAGAUCUUAUUGAAGAACAGAGAUCGCAGCUUAGUAGGUGAGAACGACCGGAUAUUCAAAAAGCCGUGGCUGAUUCACGACAUCAAAUUCGACAUGUUGAAGAUAGAAAAUCAGAUCCCUUUCGCCAUCCUUGAGGACCUCUUGGCACUGCAUCAAUCAACCAGAGAGUCUGAUGAUGAAUGGCUCUCUCUUGGUGUUCUCACACAUGAAUUCUUCAAGUUGCAGUUAGGAGGCAUAACAGAGAUAGCAGAUGACUUUGCCAAGGUCUCCUCCAUGAAAUCAAGGCACUUUGUGGACUUGCUCAGAAACUAUAACUCGCCAUCGGUGAGGCCGUCGUGGCCUAAGAAAGAUCUCAAGAGUCUAGCCACCCCUAGCGUGAUGGAGCUAAGCCAAGCUGGGGUCAAGUUCCACGUUGGUUUGGGGAAGAGUUUAUUCGACGUACGAUUCUUCAACGGAACGCUUGAAAUCCCGAAACUGAACAUAUACUUCGGAGCAGAUGUACUAUUCAGAAAUCUCAUCGGCUUUGAGAAAUGCAACCACCAUGAGAACUACAUUAACGACUACAUCAUCUUCAUCGGUCUCCUUGUUCACUCUCCGGCGGACGUGGAGAUGCUGGUGGAGGAAGGAAUUAUCGGCAUCAGUACAUGGGACAGCAAAGAAGUUUUUGGGCUCAUCAAGAGCCUCGUGAAAGGAGCGAGGUUCCUUCCAGAGGAUUUCUACUUCUCUGGUCUCUGUGCCGAGCUGAACGAGUACUACAGAAUCCCUUGGCACAGGUGGAAGGCAACGCUGAAGCGAGACUACUUCAACAGUCCGUGGUCCAUCAUAUCAGUCGUCGCAGCCAUCGUUCUUCUCCUGCUCACUUUGGUACAGACUGUGUUCUCUGUUAUUUCUAAAUAGGUCCUCUCCAAUUUGAAAGUUCUAAUGCACCUAC